UUUUGCUGUUGCAGCGCGUGGCAGUUGUGGUCCCGGUUCGGUGCAUUGUUAAUUGCAAUAUUGCAAGAUAUUUUAGCUCGCAUCUAUUAAAAAACAAACGCCAAAAUGAAAAUCUAUAAGGAUAUCAUUACCGGUGACGAGAUGUUCGCAGACACCUACAAAAUGAAACUGGUCGACGAGGUUAUCUAUGAAGUCUAUGGAAAAUUAGUCAGCCGCUCCCAGGGUGAUAUUGCUAUCGAGGGUUUUAACCCAUCGGCCGAAGAACAGGACGAGGGCACAGACGCCAGUGUUGAAACUGGUGUCGAUGUGGUUUUAAAUCAUCGUUUGCAGGAAUCGUUCGCCUUUGGAGACAAGAAAUCCUACACUCUCUACCUGAAGGAUUACAUGAAGAAGGUGCUGGAAAAGCUACAGGAGAAGUCACCUGACCAGGUCGAUGUGUUCAAAACCAACAUGAACAAAGCCAUGAAAGACAUUCUGGGCCGUUUCAAGGAACUGCAAUUCUUCACGGGCGAGUCCAUGGACGUUGAUGGCAUGGUAGCCAUGUGUGAAUAUCGUGAUAUCAAUGGCGAGAGCGUUCCAGUUUUUAUGUUCUUCAAGCAUGGUCUUGAUGAGGAGAAGUGCUAAGAACAUACUUCGUCUCUGUGUAUGUCUCGACUUGGUGACUUGCGGCAACAGUUACAAUAAGCAUCGCCCAAUCCAGGCACAACAGCAAGAGCCACCACUGUACAUACACACACCCAAAUAUGCAGACAGACAGCAGACACACAUACUCACGCAUACCUAUUACAUAUUUCUAACGGAUUUUAUUAGUUACAGUUUUUCCUAAUUCUUGGCAACAGUUCGACGAAAUUUAUGUUUAUGUUUAGGCAAGGUCCAAAUUUUCAAUUUGAUUUCGUAAUAUUAUUUAGUAUCAAUGAAUAUAACUGUUAAUUGUAUGAGCAAAAUUUGUAGUUGUAGCAUGAGGCGAACCGGGAAGAACAAG